AUGGAGCCCUUUCCACAUGAGUUCAAGGAUGCCUUUUUGGGCCCGCAAGUCCAAAUCAAUGAACUGUCAGCCUCAAACCGAAUGUCUAGUGGGCCUACAAUUUCGAAUCUUCGCCGUGCCAACACCGUAGCCCAGAGCGGCAAUAUCAAGCGGAACCUAGAAUUGAAGGCAACACGCGAGAGAGCAACUGGGAUAAACACCAAGGAUAGCCAUGAGCUCCUACGGCAGAACAACUUACAGCGGUCCCAAACACAUCGUGGACCGCUAGAGGCGCGAUCACCCGGGAGGAAGGCCGGUCAUUUCACUGUAAGAAGUGUUGGGCAAAAUGGCAAAAUAUUUCUCAGGCCGAUUGCCAAUCCGCCCCGAAAAAGCCCACAGCCUACAUCCUUCUCUCCAGUCGAUACCGCAAAAUCCAGUCUUCUUCAGCCGCAGCCUCAUGCACAUGCCCGCGAGGAUCCAGAUCCAUCCAGGUGGUCGAGCUCGCAGCUCUCUGAGUUACGUCCACGCGAGCAACCCGAAGAUCCCGACCAGCACCGCACGAGACCCAUCUCGUUCUCGACAAUAUCGGAGCAGCAAUCGAUAGCCGGUGCUGGGAAGCGUGGAGAGCUGCGGAUCGUGAUCGAUAGAUCUGAAGAUCGGCCCAAGUCUGCACAUGACAAUUCGACACCAGCCUUGGAGGUUCCUAUUCCGCGUUAUCGGCUCGGGUCCCCGCGAUUCAACGCCGAAGGCAGUGCAAUUAUGCAGAGUUCUGUCUACACGCGAACCUCGAUGUCGGACAACUUUCGAAAUUCAACACUACUUGGAGGCAUGGCAGACACUCUGCCGGGACUUCAUAGUCCAUAUCCCCGAGACUCUUUCUCGCGACACAGGCCAUCCUUUGCAAUUUCAAUGUUCUCGGGCACCGCGGCGGCUAUGGAUAUGAGUCGAGCGUCACCAAUUCCAAGGAAUUCUAUGGUCUAUGAAUUGAAGGAGCCGGUUGAGCCAUCUAUCUAUGAAGCACUGGUGUAUGAUAUGGAUGACGGGUCUGUUGUCCGAUACAUCACUGGGACAAAGGAUAUCAGUGCUGCCACGCCUGCCCGAAUUGUUGCCCAAAUCUCCUCCGAAUCAUUCAUGGACUACGAACUAGUAUCAGACUUCUUCCUUACCUUCCGUUCAUACCUGUCCACAACACACCUUUUGGCUCUUCUUCUUGCGCGCUUAAAGUGGGCAAUCAAUCGGUUACAAGAUGAUGGACGUGUUAUCAGGAUCCGCACAUUUGCGGCUUUGCGACAUUGGAUUCUCAAUUACUUCAUUGAUGACUUUGCUACGAAUUACGAGCUCCGGACCCACUUCUGCGAUACUAUCAAUAAGCUAUACUCAGAGGUCAGGUCUCGACAAAAUGGUGGCACGAGUGAUCGGAAGAUUCUCAUUGACUUGAAGCGUUGCUGGAAUGGCAAGUGUUCGGCUUAUUGGUCUUCCACAGACUUGUCCCGCGCCUAUAACGACCCAGAAAUUCCAAUUAUACCUGGAGAUACCCAGACUGAGCUAUCCAAAGCCGAGGAACUGCAGCGAACUGUGCCUAUUCAUGGUAUGACGCCCCGUGCAGACACCACCUUUCGCGAAAGUCUCCCUUUCCCUGUACGACAUGAUCGAAAUGAUUCUGCAGCAACUACACAAAGCGUUCCAUUUUCCGCCAAAAGUGAGCAAAGCUUGAUGGCGCUUUCAUGUUCAUUACCACCUAAAUCACCCAAGCGCUUAUCCAUGUCUGCCUCAAAAAGCAAGGCGCCCCGCCCUGUGGUAUUGGGCAUGCCAAAAUCCAAGUCUCAGCCCGGGACUCAUGAGCCACCUAGAUCACCCGUAUCUCCCAAGGUCUCGCGGCACCCAUAUCACGGCCAUAGCCAUAAAAGAAGCGGAAGCUUUUCGGAUUCGGUGCGAGAUGAUCGACUUCCGAUGUUUGCGAUGGAGCCCGAAACAGGAUACGCACCACAAGAUAUACUCGGUACGGCUAGUUUAAUACGCGGAGAGAUGUACCCCCCUGCAGAGUCGUACAUGACUAUGAUGGCACCGGAAUCGCCACCCCUUCCUCCGCCGUUGAAGAACCCGAAUCCGGAUCGUCGGAGUACGCCCGACGUCCCCAAGUCGUCACCUAAUUCAGGUAUGAGAACGAUCAUUGGCUCAAUCAAACGAGCAUUGCACACGAGGAAUGGUGGACAAAGUGUCUCCGCUCGCAUCGCGAAUGCCCCCGAGGCCAUCUCAUUGCCUUCUCGCGGGAAGACAUCUGCAAUGCCAACUGGACUGGCUUUUGGCUCUGAGUUCUACCGGGAGAGGAAAAUGGCUGCUGUUCCCAAAUAUCCAGGUCGGAUUGAUGUACUGUGUGAUGAGGUCCUCAAACAAUACCGCUUGGCUAUGAGCCAGGGAGGAAUGAAAGACCAAACUCAGCCACCAGCUGCGUCUGACUGUCAUCAAGGGGCCCUACAGGAGCUUGUAUCCAGCAAUUCUGAUCUUUUGCCGAUGCAAAAUCCUAAUUCCGACCUCAAACUCAGGAGCGGUAUCACCAUGGGAAGCGAAUCGAUCAUCAUUGUCGAUGAUACUGGUUUCGAAAUGCCCUUCGGAUCAGGGGCGGCAGCACACGAAUCAAUGCCAACUGUCGAUGAUUACAAUUAUGAAAUAUCAGAACAUGAGGUGCCCGAUGACGCCUCAACGCAAUCGAUACCCGUGGAAGGAGAGUUUCUUCGGCCAGUCUGUUACAAUGCCGACGAAUCAGAAUCAGCUGCUCAAUCAAACGUAUUCUAUCCCCUUCGCCCUGUCACGCCGCAGAGAUCGUCAUCGGUCGAACGUGGAUCGAUGUCUAUCAAAAAGAAGAAUUCUCUAUCCCUCCGAUUGAGAAAGUAUGCAUCCUUCCAAAGCGGAAUCUCAAGACAGCGGUAUUCGAUGAACAGUGAGACGGCUAAAUCAACUAUUGACUCCAAUGUGCUUCGAGAUCAGAACAAAAAACAGCCGGGACCGGUUCUUCGCAGGCGCCGAGGUGGAAACUUACGUCAAAUGCAGAGUGGAGGUGAGAUCGAGCCUCCUUCCUACCGUGACUCGUUUGCGUCUUGGGAUAGCUCAGUCGUGGACGAAACGGCCCCCUCUGAUGGCGGUGCUUCAAGACCUCCUUCAACGUUGAUCCCUCCGAAUCCCCGGUACUCACUUAUCCAGCCGCGCACUUCCCAGCAAAAUAGACGUUCCUUUGAGUCAGUUAUUGCGAAGUUUGCACAGAUUCCUGAUGACGACGACGGUGGUAUUGAGUCAACACUGUUGAAGCUGGAGGGAAAGUGGGAUGGACCACCCAGAGCCAAUCGGGAUUCUUCGUCCGCACAAGCAGAAGAGACUCACUCUCACCGAGAACAGCCUUUGCUUGUUCAUGACCUCGAAACGGCCAAGCCUACGUGGGAGGUUCUCUCUCGCAGGCGACAGACGGACAAAUCCGCGUAUUCCACAGUUGGCGGGCGAUUGGCGCCACCUAGACCCUAUUCUGAUUCUGUUACCGAGUCCGAGGAGUCUUACAACUCUAUUCCACUCCUUGAAAGAGGAUUGACUGACGAAUCCAUGAAAUGCCAGCCUACAAGCCAACCAUUCCGACAGGACUCGCAGGGUGCUCCGCUCACCCUCUUUUCAAGCCAUGAAACUUCUGAACCUGCCUCGUCACACCCCUCAAUUCAAAUUGUGCAUGAAACCGACAGCAUGCGUCGCAUUCCUCGUGGCGCAACCAUCCCGACCUCAGCUACUCAUGAUGCUGGCCAGCUUACCCCGAAGCGCUUCUCAGCUUUGUCUUCAGAAAUGUCGCUCGACCUCAUUCAUCCGCAUGAAGCCAUGGAUGCAAGAAUUUCGACUGACACCCACAGCCUCAAUUCAUCAACUGUGGAGAUCGCGCCUCAUCCUCUGGCGCAACCUCCCUCCCCGCCGAUGACCAUCCAACACCCGGGCUCUUUCACUUCCCAUCCUUCGCCGUUGAACACAGUCUUGUUCCAGGCCCAGCCCCUUACGCCGGACACAUCCCCGCGACACAAGGAAACGGGCAUAUCUGCUUCGCGUCCUCUAAACAUACAACAGGUUUCGAGUGACGUGUUAUUCAACUCAGAAAACAAUCGUACAGAGCAGGACCCCAUCAUCAACCUUUUACCCGACCAUGUACCCUUCAUUCUAGCAUGUGAAUCCCAGGUCCUUGCACACCAACUGACAUUAAUCGAAAUGGCCGCUCUGAGCGAGGUCGACUGGCGAGAUCUGGUCGAGAUGAAAUGGAGCAGUGCCUGCCCAUUGGUCACAAACUGGGUCCAGUUCUUGACGUACGAGGAACGCAAGGGUAUCGAUUUGGUCGUCGGCCGUUUCAACCUUAUGGUCAAAUGGAUCUUGUCCGAGAUUGUUUUGACCCGUGACAUCAACGAGCGGGCCCGCACAAUUGUCAAGUACAUACAUACAGCUGCGCAUGCACGCCGCAUCUGCAAUUACGCCACAAUGCUUCAAAUCGCCAUUGCUUUGUCUUCGUCUGAUUGCUCCCGACUGCAGAGUACAUGGCAGUUGAUUUCAAUUGAAGAUAAGCGGCUGUUUAAGGAUAUGGAGUGUCUUAUACAGCCGGUGCGCAAUUUUCAUGAUUUGCGUGUCGAGAUGGAGACGGCCAGCUUGCAAGAAGGCUGCAUUCCAUUCAUCGGCCUAUACGUCCACGAUCUCACUUACAAUGCACAGAAACCCGCGCAAGUUAACAGCACUAGCGGUGGGUUACUUGUCAACUUCGAGCGCUAUCGUACCGCAGCACGAAUCGUUAAGAGCCUCCUCCGUCUCAUCGAUGCCAGUACCAAAUAUAAGUUCGAGCCCGUGCAGGGCAUUAUCGAACGGUGCUUGUGGAUUGCAUGUCUUCCUGAAGACGAAAUUCAAUCUCGCAGUAAAGCACUUGAAUAA